GGAGAAAUGGGAGAGCCUGUUAAAUUCCAGCCUGGAAGGGAAAAGGAAAUAGAAAGGCUUUUUAAAAUAAACCAGUUCAACUUGCUUGCCAGUGACCUUAUAUCUGUCAACAGAACAUUACCUGAUUAUCGAAUGUCAAGAUGCCCGAAACAUCUAUCCCAGUCAUAUAAACUUCCUUCAACCAGUAUUGUUAUAGUUUUUCACAAUGAAGCUUGGUCAACACUUAUAAGAACCAUAUGGAGUAUUAUUAACAGGACACCAAGCAGUUUAUUGAAAGAAAUUAUAUUGGUGGAUGACGCCAGCGAAAAAGAUUUUCUAGGUGUACGUCUUGAUGAUUACAUAAAAUCAAUCAAUGCAAAUAUUCAGUUAGUUAGAAUGCAUGAAAGAAGUGGUCUGGUUAAGGCU